CGGGUAUCCAAUCGCAGGGGUCGCGACUCUCUCUCAUAGAACAAGGCCAUAAAAAGGCCACCUGAACAACUUAUCCUUGGCACAAGAAACUUACAUGAAAACGUUAGAAAGAAGAAGGAAAAGCCUAAUUAAUACAGUAACCAUGUCCUCCUCUUCUGCUAUAGCAACUGUUACUACUACUGUGUUUGAGGCUGGGAAGUAUACAACAGUGCUUCAAAAAGUAGAAUCAAGAACUACAUGCUGUACCGCAAAAACAUCACCUCCACUUCCUGUUCCACCUCCAAAACCACUCUUGAUUUCUAUGCCAUGUGAAGCAGGGGAAUUCCCACUUCUUGUUUUCCUCCAUGGUUACCUUCUUUACAAUUCUUUCUACUCCCAGCUCCUGCAACAUAUUGCUUCUCAUGGGUUCAUUGUCAUUGCUCCUCAGUUAUAUCUUGUGGCUGGACAAGAUUCUAGUGAUGAAAUUAAAUCUGUGGCUGCAACCACAAAUUGGCUAUCCGAAGGACUGCAUCACCUACUUCCACCCCAUGUUAAACCAAAUCUAAGCAAGCUAGGCCUUGCAGGCCAUAGUCGAGGUGGCAAGACUGCUUUUGCAUUAGCUCUUGAGAAAGCAGCAACCACAUUAAAAUUCUCAGCACUAAUUGGUGUGGACCCAGUUGAUGGAAUGGACAAAGGGAAACAAACCCCUCCACCAGUACUCACAUAUGUUCCUCAUUCGUUUGAUAUUGAUAUGGCAAUCAUGGUCAUUGGUUCUGGCUUGGGUGAGCUGAAGAAGAACCCUCUUUUCCCUCCUUGUGCACCUGAGGGUGUUAAUCAUAAGGAUUUUUUCAAAGAAUGUAAAGGGCCGGCUAGUUAUUUCGUUGUUAAGGAUUAUGGACAUCUUGAUAUGCUAGAUGAUGAUACUGAAGGGAUUAGAGGAAAAGCUACAUAUUGUCUGUGCAAGAAUGGGAAGUCCAGGGAGCCGAUGAGGAAAUUUAUUGGAGGAGUUGUGGUCGCAUUUAUGAAAGCAUACUUGGGAGGUGAUAGCAGUGACUUGAUGGCUAUAAAGGGUGGGCAGACCGGACCGGUGGAACUUCAAACUGUUGAAUAUAUUCUCUGAAAACUAUAUGAUCUGAACUCCAGGCAGCCUGUGUUAGAACAAAUUCUCUCAAUUUAUGAAUAUUAUUUAGGUGUUCUGUAAGUAUAAUGAUGGUAACAACUUUGCCUAUGAUAUGGAUUUUGCAAUGAAUUUGA